AUGUCUUACCUUGGCAGAAGCUUGCUCCUCUUGGCGCCACUGUCCUACAGUGCCCUUGGCCAGUACCUAGCACCCGCCGGCUUCACAAUCCCCGCAACAAAUGGUUCCUUACCCUCACCAGCAGGUGACGGCAACGCAUGUGCCGAAGGCUUCUUCCCCGGCCGUGACGAAACCAUCGUCACAAUUCCCUACACCUACGCCCAAGUCAUUGGUGUAGUCGGCAACUUCACCAAUCUUGUCUGGGCAGGCUCUCCACCCGACAGUGUCUCUACCAAUGCCUCGGCUUCAACAUUAUCAGACAACAACUGGCAACCAGGCGAUGCUCGAUUUUACGAAUUACAAGGCGCUACGGUUAUUGAGAGUCUUGUGACGUAUUCUCGACCUGCUGUCGAUGGACCUUAUGUUGAGGUUCAUACACUAGCUCCAUUGGGUAUCACGCUUCCUGGCGGUGUGAAUAUAUCAAGUUACGCGGAUUUUGAUGGUCAGGUGUGGGAAGGAGUUUGCGAUGGAAGGGCGGUGCAGGCGAAUUUCACCACGGUAUUUUGCGCCACUGACGCGACAGUUGCGGGAGCGGCGUUCAAAGCCAUCCAUGGAGAGUCGGUGUUAGAAGUUGGGAGAAUGCUGGGUGGACAGAAUUUCACUAGCUGUGAUGCUUUGAAUGCUGCUGCUGGUGGAAGCAACACGACCACCUCGCCGGAGAUCUCAACAGGAGGCAGCGCAACCUUACGCACCUCGUUCCGAUGUCUUGUCCCGAUUGCUAUAGCGGUGAUGAGCUACAUCUGGCUUUGA